CCCCAGUCUCCUGCUCAGGGCAAGAAGAGUCCGCGACUCCAGUGCAUAGAAAAAAUAGCAAGUGAUAAAGAUCCCAAGGAAGAGAAAGAAGAUGAUUCUGUCCUCCCUCAGGAAGUUUCCAUUUCUGCAACUAGACCUAGCCGCGGCUGGCGCAGUAGUAGCAGGACAUCUAUCUCUCGCCUUCGAGACACUGAGAAUACUCGGAGCUCUAGGUCCAAGACUGGUUCGUUGCAACUCGUCUGCAAGUCAGAACCAAUUACAGAUCAGCUUGAUUAUGACGUUCCAGAAGAACAUCAGUCUCCCGGUGGCAUUAGUGAUGAGGAAGAGGAGGAGGAAGAAGAGAUGUUAAUCAGUGAAGAAGAAAUACCAUUCAAAGAUGACCCAAGAGAUGAGACCUACAAGCCCCAUCUUGAAAGGGAAACCCCAAAGCCACGGAGAAAAUCAGGGAAGGUGAAAGAAGAGAAAGAAAAGAAAGAGAUUAAAGUGGAAGUAGAAGUAGAGGUGAAAGAAGAAGAGAAUGAAAUUAGGGAAGAUGAGGAGCCUCCUAGGAAGAGAGGGAGAAGGAGAAAAGAUGACAAAAGUCCACGAUUGCCCAAAAGGAGAAAAAAACCUCCAAUCCAAUACGUCCGUUGUGAGAUGGAAGGAUGUGGGACUGUUCUUGCUCACCCUCGCUAUUUGCAGCACCACAUUAAAUACCAGCAUUUGCUGAAAAAAAAAUAUGUAUGUCCCCAUCCCUCCUGUGGACGACUCUUCAGGCUCCAGAAACAACUUCUGCGACAUGCCAAACAUCAUACAGAUCAGAGGGAUUAUAUCUGUGAAUAUUGUGCUCGGGCCUUCAAGAGUUCCCACAAUCUGGCAGUACACAGGAUGAUUCACACGGGCGAGAAGCCAUUACAAUGUGAGAUCUGCGGAUUUACUUGUCGACAAAAGGCAUCCCUUAAUUGGCACAUGAAGAAACAUGAUGCAGACUCCUUCUACCAAUUUUCUUGCAAUAUCUGUGGCAAAAAAUUUGAGAAGAAGGACAGUGUAGUAGCACACAAAGCAAAGAGCCACCCUGAGGUGCUGAUUGCAGAAGCUCUGGCAGCCAAUGCAGGCGCCCUCAUCACCAGCACAGAUAUCUUGGGCACUAACCCAGAGCCCCUGACACAACCUGCAGAUGCUCAGGGGCUUCCUCUUCUUCCUGAGCCCUUGGGAAAUUCAACAUCUGGAGAGUGUCUACUGCUAGAAGCUGAAGGGAUGUCGAAGUCAUACUGCAGUGGGACAGAACGGGUGAGCCUUAUGGCUGACGGGAAGAUCUUUGUGGGAAGCGGCAGCAGUGGGGGCACUGAAGGGCUGGUCAUGAACUCGGAUAUACUCGGUGCUACCACAGAGGUUCUGAUUGAAGAUUCAGACUCUACUGGACCUUAGUGCAAAGGAAGACUUUGGGCACUGGGACAGUGCAGACUUUGUAUUUAAAAGAUAAAAAGGACAAAAAAAAAAUUCAAAGCAUUUAAAAUCUAGUAAAAUAACUGAAGGGCCUGCUCUUUGCAUUGUGGAUCACAGCACACACACAUACUGUCUAUCUCUAUCUAUCUGUAUCUCUAUCUCUCUAUCUCUGUCCCCUUCCCCUGAAGUUCCCUCCCUCAUCCUUAAAACAUUGAUGUUGCCUUUACCAGAAAGGUCAUUGAAAAAGCAGCAGCGUACUUGGUUCCAGCCAUCAGCAGUAGACUUCCUGCUCAUCAGCAGAUCUCCUUUUCCCAACCUGUAACUCUGAUAUUCUCUGGAUCAGCUUUUAACUCAUAAUAGUAUAUUACUAUCAUCUAAAUACUUUCUCCUCUACUGCUGCCCUGUGGCUCUGGCUUCUCCCCACUGCAACAACCAACACUUAUCCUCAAAUAUUAUAUAUAAUUCUAUUUUCCAGAGGCUGGCAAUUUGACUUGGCACUUUAGGGCCCCUUAGCAGGAUGCUGUUAAAACAGCACACAUCUCUCACCCCUCUUCCAUUACUCACUGGGUUUGGGGAAGGAAGGAUGAUACAUGGGGACCACCUCCCUUCCCCUUCAGUGGAUCCCAGCACCUCAGUCCCCCUCCCAAACCUCCAUAUGGCUCUUAAUGGUGCUCACUUGCUUGGAAGCAGGCUCCCAAGAGAGGGGACUGCCCUAUGAACAGUCUUUUUGGCUGUAAAAUGGGGCUCUAUGUCAGUGAGAAAAGUCCCAGGCUAAUGGCAGAAAUUUGCACUUUGAACAUGUGUGUUUUUGUGUUUUGGAACCUGAGAUUCCUUAUUUAUUAAUGGAAAGUCUGAUUUUUUGGGGGGAGGGUCUUUGUUGCUAUGUUUUGUGGGGCUGGGAGAGUAGAUUAUUCUGACAUGGGAUCCUUCCUACAAGAGGUACUUUGAAGGCAAGGCUUAGAGUUAAAGAAGCACAGCCAGCCUCUAAAAUCAUAGUUUUCCAGUGGCCUUUAAAGAAAGCUGGUCCUCAGCACUAACAGAAUCACUACAGUAGCCUAGUGCUUUUUUGCAAGCCUUAGGGAAGGCUGAUAGGUUUAUGGUGACUAGUGUGCUCUUUGAGAUACAAGGAUUUGAAGGGAUGAGGAAUGUUGUUGUUCAAGGUCUGAAUCACACAUAAAAGAUUUUUUUCUUCUGUGAAUUUAUUUUCUCUUUUUGUCCUCACCAUUUCUUUACAUUUAUCUCCCUACUGACCUAACUCUGGCCCCUUGUUUUGAUUUUGGUUUUGUCAUUGGCCAUUCCAGCUCUCCAUUAGUAGGAGACCAGACCCUGUCAUUCAUGAAGGAAUAAAAUUGAAGAGUCCUAGAGUUUUGGUUAAGAGAAAACUGACUUGUUUCCCCUUUAGAAAAGACAAAAGCAAAGGUGAAAAUCUGUGUGAUAAUGUCUUUGGCUUUCCCCAAAUUAUCUAUUUUCCUUGGAGUAGGGAUUUUAAUGCAUUGUGAAUUGUUUAUUUCUGUCAUUGGGAGACACAGAUCGUGUUUUUAUAUGCUUUUACCUCUCAGAAGACUAAAACCCUAAUUCAGCUCAUUUUUUUUUGAGAAUUAGAAGUGCAGCUCCUCCCUAUGUGCUUCAGAAUCUGCCAUUGAAGACCUGGCCAGUUGUUGUCAGAAAUACAUGAUGACUGUUGGGAAAAAUAAGAGUCUGAUUGAGAACAAAAUAAGGAACAGCUUGUUUUUCACAAACACUAAAACUAUGGAGUUUAUCAAAUUUUCUCUGCUUAAUUUUUCCCCCCCAAAAAAUGUCAUCUCUGAAAGACGCUUACUGUACACCCACCAGUGUCACUGGUUGGGAUGCCAGGAGGAGGGAGGAAGACACCUACAGGAACAAUCUUAAACACAUUAUUGUUUCCUCUAGUGUUGCAGACUUUGCCAUCCCUCCCAUGGUGAGGGGAGAGAAGGCAUAAAGACAGGCUUUCCUGCCCCACUGUUUGCAGUUUACUUUGGUACAUUGGUACACAGAUUUGAAAAUACUGUAAGAGUAAUUAUAAAUGGGACUGCAACAAAGUUGCUCUAUGUGAUACUGUUUCUGUAACUAAUGUUUGUGUCCUACACUUACCCUUUGUUUUUCACAUUUAGACUGUCUCCAUAAAUUUUACUUAGAAUGGUUACUCAUCAAAUACAGCCACCCACAGAAAAGCAAACUGCAUUGUAAACAUCUCUUCUUUCUGGAAUGGGGAAAAAUAUGUUCUUUUCUGUACCUCACUCCCCUCCCCAUGAAAGCAACUAGAUAUAAUAAUUAGAAACUUCCUGGCCUCUCAUUUGGGGGAGCAUGUGUAAGGGAGCUGGGUCAUCUUCAUAGCUACCAUUGAUGACAAUAAAUUAUUGUAGCAGUUUGCAAUAAAUUUUAA